AUGCGUGAAAUGGAAAACGAACUUGAUAAUCGAUUUCAUUUUAAUCAGAAAAAUUAUUUUCUUCGUUUUCAAUCGCACGAAACUGAAAGUUCAAAUUCGGCAAUUUAUUAUAUCAAUAAACAUGUUCGUCAUGCGUUAGAAUAUUUUGUGGAUGAUCUCAAGCUUGAUCAAAAUAAAACUAUCGACCGUUUUCUUGAUGAACAAACUGUAAAUGAGAUAUUUAUAUUUAUUGCACAAUUAUUAUUAUGUGAUGAUGAUCGUAUUUGCGGUAACUGCGCCUUUAUAAUAGGAAGCACUGUUGAAACAGAGAAAGGUUUAAAACAAUUUUUAUCCAUAUUCACUGACGAUAGCACGAUAGAAACAGUUGAUAUUUUACAAUUAUUAUUUCAAAUGCUGACACAUGCGGAUCCCGACUGUGUACUCAAUGCGACCGGGACACUCGGUACUAUAUCUGGAUCGAAACAAGGACGUGAUUUAUUACUAAAACACGUUUCUGUUAGUGAGAUGAUUUUAAACAUAUCAGUAUUAUUAAAUUCAACCAACCCAUGGAUUGCUAGUAAUGCAGCAUUAGUACUAGCAAGACUCACUGUAGAAGAAGUUGGCUGUCAAAUAAUCUUAACACAUAGUAGACAUCAUGAAAUCUUAAAUCAACUUUUAGCUGCACUUGAUGUUAAUGAUCCUAGUCGUUCAACUAAUAUUGCCUUUGCUAUAGCGCGUUUAAUUGAAGGAGAAAUUGGCAAGAAAAUAUUAAUUAAUGAUUGUGGACAAAAUAAAUUUUUUGAAGCAUUAUUAAUUAUGCUUAAAAUCAACGAAGAUAAAGGUAUUAAUAAAAAUGCCUGUUAUGCAUUAAGUUGUUUAUGUACAAGUCGAUAUGGUUAUCAAUUAUGUAUUGAAUCCAUAACAUUAUUCUAUAAAAUACUUGUUGCUAUUGAAACAAUACUUUUAUCAAUCGAACAUGAAGCUGUUUGGUUCGCGUUAAUGUGUCUGACAACAAUUGCUAAGCAUGAUGGAGCAUAUGAACAUUUAUGUAAUUCAAAACAAUUAACAGAAAUAAUAAAACAAGUCCAAGAAACAUGGAUUGAAUUUAAAGAUAUUCAAGAUGAAUCAAAGUUACUUUGGUUUAUGCUACAUAAAAAUAUCAAACCUAAUCGACCGACAAUCGAUGAGUGUCGAGAUACUUCGGUCGAUUUUUCUUGGGAUCCGUGUUUGUUUACUGAAGAUGACACGGAUCUACAAUAUCGUGUUAUAUUAGAUGAUGUUCCUUUUACAAUAACAAAUAAAACAAAUUAUUCUAUCAAUGAUUUAAAACCAAACUCAAAUUAUAAUGUAAAAAUUCAAUUUAUAACAUCGCAAGGAGAAAGUAUUCCUAGCGAUGCAACACCAUUUCAUACGGACGAUGAAUUACCACGACCGGUGAUUAACCUUCAUGCUGUUCGUAUCACAACAUCCGCACUUCGUGUAGUUUGGGAACCGCCUGAUUUUACUGCGUGCACCACAUUCAAAGGUUAUCAAAUAUACUUGAAUGAAUUUGAAUAUGAAUUUACAAACGAAUGUGAAACAACAAUGAAUUCAUUGACAGCUAAUACAACUUAUCAAAUUACUGUAUGUCCUGUCAGUGUCAAAGGAAAAGGAGAAACAACUUCAAUCAAUGUAAAAACUGAAUCUGCCGGUGAUUGUCUUCCAGCACCACCCACAUUUUCAGUAAUUGGUCGACGUGAAUUACAUAUAAAAUGGCAACCGCCAGAAGUUAUUUCUGGUCGAUUCUCUCGGUACGAACUUCUUUGUAAUGGUCGAUGUAUUUAUUCUGGAACCGAUCAAGAAUAUCAUGCAUCAAAGCUUAAAUGUGAUACAGAAUAUAUAAUAGAAGUGUGUGUAAUUACAAACGAUGGUCGUUUUCGUAGUCGACCAGUCAAAGCUCGAACAUUAAGAGAUGAAUUUCAAAAUACGAUUCGUCAUUCACUUUAUGAACGACCCACACACGUUCCAGUUAAAUUUAAGCGUGCCGAUACGAUUAAUGCUCGAAAAGUGUCACCAAUUAUGGAGCGACGUGCAGCAAAAGAAAUGCCUGUCAUUAAUCAAAACGUACAAAUUACGACAAUUCGUUCCAUGCAAUUAAAAGCAGAAGUUCCAUCCUACAGCCGAGCAUUGCCCGGUUUAUUUCGAAAUGCACCAUUACGUCCUAUACGAGCUUAUCCUCGAUCUAAAACAGAUCUAGCUUUACAGCCGAUAUCAGCAACUGUAAUUAUUCCUACGUUGAGUAUUAAUCAUCAAGCACAUAUCACUCAUGCAACACGAUCAAGAGCCUUUCGAUAUCCAAUAUUAACAAAAUCCUAUGAACGUUCCUCAUCAAUUUCAUUAACUGAUUCAAAUUAUGCUUUUCGACGAUAUAGUUAA